AUGGAUAUCGCAGACGGCUCGUCGUCCACUUUGUCGGCGGAAAAGAAGGAGACGAACAAUCAUUAUCGAUACCUCAAACUGAAGCCUGGCAACAUCAGGCUCUUGACCUUGCUGCCAGGAACUAGCGACGCUCCUGGUACUUGCACCGUCACGCACGAAUCAUUCAGACCUUCGCAGCACCUAGCCGAAAAAGCACUCGUCCGUCCGAAGUAUUGUGCUCUCUCCUACGUCUGGGGAUCACCAAGUCCUCAACGAUGGAUUGAAGUUGAAGGGCAAACCUUGUACAUUCGCGACAACCUCUGGCAGUUCCUCCGCCGCCUCAGGCAACAAACUUCGUCACGUACUCUUUGGGUCGAUGCCGUGGCUAUGAUGGGAUCCAUCUUCCGCUUUGCAGACGAUGUACUUGCCUGGGUUGGUGAAGAAGCUGACGAUAGUGCCUUCUUGAUGCAUCUUGCGGCAUCGUCCAAAAAAAGGGAGGGUGAUAUCGGUCUUGCACAGCUUCAUUGCGCUGCUGAGCGGCUACGUACGUGGCAGGCUCUGAAGGCAUUCUUUGGGCGACCGUAUUGGACGCGGACUUGGAUCAUGCAAGAGGUUGUGCUGGCCAAAAAUCCAGUACUUAUCUUUUGUGGUGCAGAUGUGGCCGCCUACGAUGGUCUAUAUCGCAUGGUUCUUAUCCUUGAUAUGGGGCUGCGAGGCAUCCCCUACCUUAUAAUCAAGCGCACAUCAAGCAGGAAAAAGCGGGAGCUUGAGUCUGUUCUCGCUUCUGGAUAUGAGCAUGGGGGGGAUAAGCUGCCAAUCCCGCGAACGUUUGGAGGUUCACCCGGGCCACUCACGAUAACAAUCCGCAAAUACGCUUACACUGAAUGCUCGGAUGCAAGAGACAAGAUGACGUUGAUCUGUCGCAAGCACCAUCCUGGUUUGACUAUUCGAAAGACAUCCACGAGGUUUUCUUCGAAGCUGGCUCGUUACGCCACAGGUUUUGAGCUACUGCCAGAGCCAGGGGCGGACUUUGGGAAACAGCUUAUGCGAAGCAUGAGACUGACACCCGAGAGCCUUCGAAACUACAUUGCUUUCAACGAUACUUAUCGAAGCAAUGCAAAAGCCUCGUUGCAGGAUAGUUUGACCUUACGGCCGGCAUUCUGGUUCAAUGGUCAAUCUCUUCCACGACCAGGGUACAUCAAUCCAUCUGCAGACUACCUCAAGGUGACCCGUGUCAAGAAAGGCCAUGUCCUGGCUUUCGAGGUCGAUAUCUGGCGAUUUGGAGACGGACUCAUACGUGGAAUAGCAUACGAUGUCCAGUGUGGAGAUCAGAUACAUAUUGCGAACUUGUCGGAUGUCGCUCUUGUCACGAGAGUACGUGAUAACCAUAGCUUCGCUAUAGGUUGGGCUCUCGUUGAAAGGGGCCAGGAUUGGGGGCCAGGUGCGGCAGUUGAGAGACUUACAUAUUUGUGGCGACAACCAUUUCAGAUCUCCCCGGACCUCUCUGGUACCGCUCCUUUCGACACAUCAGGUUGCCUACUGCUCGAAGUGAGUCUGCCAGUGGCUGUAACCGUUAUUGAGGGUGCUAUUCUCAACAAGGCCGUUAUUCGACGAUCGAUAGACAGGACAGAUAGCAAGCGCAGUCGGAGAUCACCAUGGAAGUGUGCCCGUGACUUUUACAGGGACAAGCGACAUGGAUGGUCGAUGUCCCUGUUUUGGCACUUGAGCGUUGAGCAGAACAUCAAUGAAAGCUAUAACGAAUCUCGGGGCAGUCCGUUACUUUCGCCCACAUUUACACUUGGAGCCAUCGGCCGUUCCGUGAUUGAAAAGAUGGCAAAGCAUUCAUUAGUAUGUGAAGGAGUGGUACUGGGAGCGAGAAAAAGAUAUACGACAUGA